GUGGCAUCGGCACGCCUCCACGCCCCCCUCAUUCUCACCGCUCCCACCCACACCCCCCUCGCCUCCUUUCUCUCUCUCCGUCUCUUUCUCUCUCUCUCUCUGCGCGCCUCCGCUCCGCGUGGGCGUGCUUUGGGUUCGGUUCCAGCUCGCCUGGGUGCCAGCCAUGACCGCCGCCGAUGCGGAGGCCUGCGCGGUUGUCGCGACUGCGGCCGACAUCAUCUGCUCGCUCCGCGGUGCCGACCUCGCCGGCUGGACGCCGCCGUGGCGCAAGCAUCCGGCGCCGCCUCCUCCUCCCGCCUGCGACGCCGACGCCGACGCAGACGCCGACGCCGACGCCGACGCCGACGCCGACGCAGACGCCGACGCGCGGGAGCUGGCCUGGCCGGCGGUGGCGCGGGGGAAGCGGUCGCGCCGCGGGUCUCCGUCGGGCUCGGCCUCGGCAGCGGCCAAGGGGAGGUGCGGCGCCCGGGGUAGCCCGGCGUCCCCUCUUGACUACGGCGGCGGCUUCGGCUCGUCAACGAGCGGCGGCGAGGACGGCGCCUUCUGCUCGACGGCGCCGGCCACCAUCUACCGGCACGCGGCGCCCGCCACCGCCGCGCCCAGCAAGGUGGGCCUCGCCGGACGGCGGACGAUCCUGCCGGUGCCGCCGCCUCGGCCCGCCGGACAGCGGCCACGGAAGAAGAUGAGGCUACCGGAGAUCCAGCAAAUGGUGCGUUCGCUGUCGGUGGAGAACGAUGCCCUUCGCGAGGAGAUGAAGGCGUUGCAGCGAGCUUGCACGGUCCUAUCCAAGGAAAACGGCAAACUAGAGACAAAGCUAGAUCACUCGAGUAAACGAAACGGGAUGAUCUCCGAGGAGAACGACGGAAAGCCACAGCCUGAUCAGCGCGCAGCUCAGCCCGAUGCUCAAAACGGCUUUGUGCUCCCUGAUCUCAAUCUUCCAGCAGAUAGCUGAUGGAUGAAUCCGUUGGUGGCUAUAAACUUCAGAUUAGGGUGCUAACCUUAUAAUCAACUGUAUAUACACGAAGCUGGCUAUUACUGGGCUUUCAUCACGCACGAGGAAGUUAAAGAAGCAUUACGGCGUCCCUGUUUGUUUGGUAAGUAGUUGAAAUUUAGAGCUUAGAGCCACUGUAAUCCACCGGUCUGAAUCAUGUUAUUGCAGAUUCAGAACGGAGGAUUGGUUUACGUAAUUUCCUCAUAAGGUUCUUUAGUUCGUACCCCGCGUUUCUUACGACUGUAUGGAUGUGCUGAGGGAUAACUUCAUGUAGUUGAUGCUUCAAAAUGAACCCACGGUUUAGUUUAUUUCAUCUAAACAUAGCUAAAUUGUUGAUGUUCUUCAUAUUAUUAUUGUUGAUA